AUGCUGGCAAUUUUGGGGCGCACUGUCCGUGCCACUGCAAAAGUUCCUUUGAGAAAUAGCCUAUUUCCAAAAGUUACCGUUACAAGAUCUUUCACUAGUGGGAAAUGCGCCUUAAAUACUAAGAAAGAGCAAAAGACAAACUCGAUCUUGACUGAUGAUUUGUUGGUUAAAGCUGGUGUGGAUAUUGAUGAAACGGCUGCAGACAAGGAAGGGAAGCAGCAAAGUGAAAAGAGCGAACCCGAAGAGUCCCAGGCCAAAGAUGGAUCGGGAAAACGCAGAAGAAAGCGUCAAACAUCUACCGACAUUAAGCGCGAGCGCUAUGCCAAUUGGUUCUACCUUGGAUCUUUUGCUGUUCUUGCCGGUGCUGGUAUGUACAUGGCGCGUGAUUGGGAAGACGACGAGGACGAGGAGUUGAAGAAGGAAGCCGCCAAUGGUUACACACCUGAUUUGAUGUACAAACGUUUGAAACUACGUUUCAACUCUCUUUUCUCCUACUUUCAGGAGCCCCCUUUCCCAGAUUUGCUACCACCACCACCUCCUCCCCCAUACCAAAGACCUUUGACCUUGGUCCUGACACUUGAAGACCUGUUAGUACACUCCGAGUGGACUAAAGAACACGGCUGGAGAACCGCCAAAAGACCCGGUCUUGACUACUUUCUGGGCUAUCUUUCACAAUACUACGAAAUUGUCCUCUUUUCCUCUAACUACAUGAUGUACUCCGACAAGGUUGCAGAGAAAUUAGACCCUAUCCAUGCCUUUAUCACUUACAACUUGUACAAAGAACAUUGCCUGUACAAAGACGGUGUUCAUGUGAAGGACUUAUCUAAGUUGAACAGAGAUUUGGGAAAGAUUAUUAUUAUCGACAGCGACCCUAACGCUUACAAGCUGCAGCCUGAAAAUGCCUUGCCUAUGAAACCUUGGGAUGGUAAGGCUGAUGACGGUUUGCUGAAACUAAUUCCAUUCCUAGAGUACCUGGCUACACAACAAACGGACGACGUAAGACCUGUUUUGAACAGCUACAACGAUAAAUACCUUAUUCCACAAGAAUUCGAACGUCGUGUUGCGAUCCUCAAGGAGAAGUUCUACAAGGAGCAGGAAUCCAAAGCCAAUGGCAAUUGGGCCCUAAAAGCCCUUGGUGUUGGUGCUGUCGGAACCCAGAAGGUCAAGUUCCCGCUUGAUCUGCUGAGAGAGGAAGGAGAGAAGAACUACGUUCGUUUCAUGCAGUUGAUUGAGGAGGAGAAAGAGAAGAUCAGGCUCCAGCAAGAACAAAUUGGUGGCCAAACUUUCACGCUCAAGGAUUACGUGGAGGGAAAUUUGCCAUCACCAGAAGAACAAAUGAAGAUUCAGAUGGAGAAACAAAAGGAGUUCGAAACUCAGUAUGAACAGACCAAGGCCGCAGAGGCAUCUACACCCAAGAAAUAG